CUGGCCUGUUAGCCCUCACGUGAUCAUCCUCUUUCGGAAGUGUAUUCAACAAUAACAAAAGGCGAUGACGAAAUGAAACUCGAGUUCCGUGCCUUUUAGUUCUCCGUGGCCCUCGGUUUGAAGGGCUAGAAAGGGGAAGGACCAGAAAGCGGAUUGGGAUCCAGCCCAAGUCAAGGAUACAAUUGUUUAAUAUAGUCUUGAUACUUGUCAAAAUGGAUCGUAAGAGAGGCAACCGUGAUGGGGGGGACAGAGAUGUCAGAUUGUCUAAAUCUAUGUCCUACGCUCUUCGCCAUGGUGCCAACCAGAUGGGUCUUUGCUUAAGUUCAGAUGGUUUUCUGCUUGUGGAGGACCUCCUGGCUCACCCUCAGUUUCGAUCAUACAAACAAGAGGAUGUGGAGCGAGUGGUUGCCACAAAUGACAAGCAGCGUUUUAAGCUGUGUCCUCACCCUGAAGAUGGCCGCUUGCAGAUCCGAGCCAAUCAGGGGCACUCAAUGCAGGUCACAGAUUUAGAACUGAAGCCCGUCCUGGGUGGGUCUUCAGACUGUCCGACUGAGGCCGUUCAUGGCUCCUACAUGCGCAACUGGACCUCCAUACAGCAGCACGGCCUGAGCCGCAUGAAGAGGACACACAUCCACCUGGCCUCUGGUUUGCCAGAGGACGAUGGUGUCAUCAGUGGUAUGAGGAAAAACUGCGAUCUCGCUGUAUUUAUCAACGUGCCCAAAGCACUUGCUGAUGGCAUUGAAUUCUUCUGGUCGGAGAACCGUGUGUUGUUGACAACAGGGGACGCAGAGGGAAAGCUUCCCCCCAAAUACUUCAGCCGAGCUGUCAGACUCAGACCGACAAAGAGCAUCCUGGUGCUGUCAUAGCAGACGAAAGAAGAUAAUCAUCGACAGCAUCAGUGAUUUAAAUCCAGCAGUGCAUGCCGCUUUUUCCACAAGCCACCUACUGUAUAUUUGAUGCUACUGUGUUGACCUGAAUAUAAGACACUUUUCCUGGGGAAAAAAGAGACAAAAAAAAACACAUUUUGUGUUAAAAAUAGUUUUCACAAAAACUUUUAUUUUCUUUAAUUGUUUAAUGAUAUGAUAUUUUAUGAACUGUCCUAUGAAUUUCUUAAAGAGCUAUUUUCAAGCAGAUCCGCUGUGGCGACUCCUUAACCAGGAAAAAGCCGAAAGAAACAAACAAAUAUAAACAUCCAAGCAUUCAA